AUGACAUUCAAGAAUAUCAUAAGCCAUAUCGGCAAUGUAGGUCGUCUGAAGCGAAAGGCGCACGUGAGCAUUGUUGACGCUACGAAGCUCCCUGCUCAGUAUGAUAUGCACAAACAUAUAUCACUGCACAUAGGAGACUGGAGACGCAUUAAAGCGGACUGUACAUACAUGCACGACGAGAGUACGCUUAAACGGCAACUCUUUCUUGCCCAGAUUUAUGGACAUAAAUGCAUCGAUGGGGAUAAAAACUUUCUUUUGAAACAUGUCAGUGACUCAUCCAAAUCCGGAUUCAGGAUUCUAAAUGUCGAGAACUCCUUCACGGGGCUGACCUGGGUAUCUUACGGCCACCUAGCGGAAAUUGGGGACGAACUGGCACGACAAGGGAAAAGAUCGUUAUUGGCGCCCUUAGAUGUGAUAAAACAUUCCGAUGACUACUGUCUAGAACUAAUAACUCAAAGAGCAAAAGCGGUCAAAAGACUGGAAAGGAUCGUCUUUUGCGCCCCAGAUGACGGCACGUGGAACGCACUCCAUAGCCUGCUGAAGUCAUAG